AUGACGGCAACGGCAGUCCUGACCAUGGCCAAGGCGGCAGCAACUCCCGCACCGCCGCCGCCGCCGCCGCCGACGUCGCUCCCCUCGGACGCAACGCCGUUCUGCUGUCCAAGCUGCGGCUCGAACCUCGCGUCCGCACGGCGCCGCCCCGAGGCCGCCGAGGACCCCCUUGCCCUGGCGCGUAUUCGCCAGCUCGAGCUGCAGGUCCGUCAGCUCCACCACAAGGCCUCGGCCGCCGUUCAGCGGUGGGCCGAAUACGAGGCAGAGCUGUCGAGGAUGCGCGUCGCGCAAAAGGCCGCGGCGGGAACGUCGUCCCUGCCCUCGGCCGUCGUCUCGUCCUCGUCGACGGCGCCGUCGCCCGGCAUGUCGCCCCGGCCGACGCGCCAGCUGCUCGCCGCGUCCUCGGCCACGCCUCUGCCGAGUCCCACGCGCGCCUCCUUUCUUCAGAUGGCACCGGUCCGGCUCUCGGCGCUGCUGUACCCGCGCAAACCGGCGCCGAGCCCGGCGUCGACGACGACGACCGAGGACCUCCUCGAGGCCCUGAUGCGCGAGCAGAUGCUGCGGCGGGAGGCCGAGAAUCGCCUGACGGCGACGAGGAAGGAGGUCGAGGAGCUCACCGCCGCCCUCUUCGAGCAGGCCAACGAGAUGGUCGCCGACGAGAGGCGCGCCCGGGCCCGGCUGGAGGAGCGCGUCGGCGAGCUCGAGCGAAGGGAUCUGGCCAAGCGAAGGAGGCUCGAGACGCUCGAGGGCGCCAUGGGGAGGAUCGAGAGACGGCCAUCGGUGCCCGGCGGUAGGGAGCCGCGACAAAGCACGAAUCUACCCGAGGCCAACGGCGUCGGUGAGUUGGAAAAGGUGACAUGA